AUGGCUGAUUCUGAGCAGAAGGCAAGAUACCUGGCAAUGCGCCAGGCGCUGGCGGUGAUCGAGGCGCAGCCCGACGGCCUUUGUGGCGGCUGUGCCGAGUGGCAAGCCCGGCACCGCCGGGACACGAAACAACUCCUGCAGGAAGUUGCUCAUUUGAGGGCGGCGCUGCAGAGGGUGUUGGCUCAGAUGGGGCAGCUUUUGCCAGGGGAAGACCUUUCGAGGCUGCAAAAAGAGCUCAAUCUGGACAGCCGUCUCUUCAGCCAGGUCUCGCCUGGUGUCACCGAAAGCGACCUUGCAACUAUGAAGCUAGCCCGGGCGGGAAAAGAAGUGGCCGACUUGAAAGCGGAGAAUGCCGCGUUGAAGAAGCACCAUGCUGAGAGCGAGGCAGAGCUGUCGGAGCAGCGGCGCCGGAGUGCGGCUCUGGAGAAGGAGCUCAGGGACCUCAAGCAGCAGAUGGCCCAGAGGGAGAUCCAGGCUGCCAGCCAGGAGUUUGCUUUUGAACCCCGCCGUGGCAAGCCGCAGAGGACGAAGGAUUUGUCUCUCCCAAGAAGCUUUUCCAGGCAGAUGGAGGAGUCCUAUUUCAGCCGCCGCCCCUCCAAACCCAGCGUCGUCGACGUGAAGUUCGCAGCAUCCUCCAGCCUGGGCCGCCUCCAGCUCGGUGCGCCUUGA